AGGCGUUUUCAGUUAGCCAGCGUAAAAGGAACUUUGUUAGCUGCGCCCGCGAGUCUGUUUAUUCUUCCGAGAAGCCGUUAAGGAUGCCGGUUAAUUUUGGGAUUUUUCCAACGUCUGGCUAGCUAGUUUGGCUAGCUAGUUAUCGACAGUUUAUAGGAGUUCAAUUUUUCCUUGAUAUCCAGCCAGCCGGCUUUUUACAGACACACACACCAACACACCUCAGAAUCGUCACCUCUUUCAGUUGUGGCUGGGCUACAUGGCGGGGGUAACGCUACAGAGCGCCGCGCUGCAGGGCCUGAAGGAUGGCAACAUCCUGGACCCGGAGUUCCAGCAGCGGCUGGAGGACGCGCGCGCCCUGCUGCGGCAGGAGAUCCAGCGGGAGCUGAAGAUCAAGGAGGCGGCGGAGCGGCUUCGGCGCGCCGUCACCAGCCGCAAGAACGCCGCCGACGUGGAGGGCCAGCUCAAGGCCUCCAACCGCAAGCUGGAGCAGCUGCACUGGGAGCUGCAGGAGCUCAACGCCCGCGCCGUGGCCACCGAGAAGGACACCAAGAUAGAUGACCCCACUUCCCCUGACCUCUGUCGCUGGGAGGAGAGGACCACUCCCCUGCUCAGCCGGGUCAACACCCUGAAGAAGCAGCUGGCUAUCGAGAUGAAGGUGAAGCAGGGAGCAGAGAACAUCAUACAGACAUAUGCAAGCAGUUCCUUCAAGGAUCGGAAGAUGCUGUCCACAGCUCAGCAGAUGCUGCAGGACAGCCGCACGAAGAUCGAGCUGAUCCGCAUGCAGAUUAUUAAAGUCGCGCAGGCUGCCGAGGGCGAGCAGGAGGUCAGCCAUCCUGAAGCGGGGCGGCCUGCCGAGACCAUCAGCCCCCUGGAGCUGAGGGUGGCGGAGCUGCGGCACCACCUGAAAAUCGAGGCGGCGGUUGCCGAGGGCGCCAAGAAUGUGGUGAAGCAGCUGGGAGGGCGCAGGGUGCAGGACCGACGGGCACUGGCCGAGGCCCAGUCCCGCCUGCAGGAGUCCUCCCAGAAGCUGGACCUGCUGCGUCUGUCGCUGGAGCAGCGCCUGAACGAGCUGCCCCAGGACCACCCCAAACGGGCCGCCAUCAAGGAGGAGCUCUCCCAGGGGGCUUCGCCCUCCGUGGGCUUCCAGCACAAUCGCCUGCGUUCCUCCUCCUGCACUUCCUCCUUCCUCAAGCCUGCCUCCCUUACAGGUAGGCUGGAAGUCAGACUGAUGGGCUGCCAGGACCUGCUGGAGUCAGUGCCGGGCCGCUGCCGAGUGACCAGUGUUUCCACGGCACCUGGCAGCCCCUCUGAGGCCAAGUCCUUGAAGGUGCGGUCAGGGCUGUCAGGUCGCAGUACCAACAGCAAGCUGAAUAAGGCGGAGGAGCUCUCCAUGGAGAUCAGUGCGGUGCUGAAGCUGGACAACAAAAUGGUGGGGCGCACCAGCUGGAGGCCCCUGAGCAACCAGGCCUGGGACCAGAGCUUCAGCAUUGACCUGGAGCGGUCUCGUGAGCUGGAGAUUGGGGUGUUUUGGAGGGACUGGAGGUCUCUCUGUGCGGUGAAGUUUCUGCGGCUGGAAGACUUCCUGGAUAACCAGCGGCACGGCAUGUGUCUGUACCUGGAGCCCCAGGGCAUGCUCUUUGCUGAGGUGACCUUCAUCAACCCUGUCAUUGAGCGGCACCCCAAACUGCAACGUCAGAAGCGCAUUUUCCCCAAAGAAAAAGGGAAGAACUUCCUGCGGGCCGCUCAGAUGAACAUGAACUUCGCCACAUGGGGGCGCUUGAUGAUGAGCAUGUUGCCACCCUGCAGCUCCAUGACAACCAUGAGUCCACCCCUGUCUGGCUCCUCUGACCCCGAGGUUACGUCCCCACCCUCUCAAGAGAAGGGCACCGUGCUGACCCCUCCACCAGCAGGGGACCAGACUGUGAUCAAGCUGAACUUCAGUGAUGAGCGGCCAGUUAAGCCACCCCGCCUCAACAUGGGUAAAGCCACGCUGGACAUGCCCUCUGCCACCAGCCCAGACCUACCGCUGGGGAACAUGCAGUAUCAGUAUGGCAGGGGAAGUUGCCCAGAGGAGAGAAAGGAGAAACGACCUCCUCAGCCCUCUCCUAAAGCGAAGGUAAGGGUGCAGAUGGAAGAUUUCCGCUGCAUCUCGGUCCUGGGCAGAGGGCACUUUGGAAAGGUCCUGCUCGCUGAGUUUAAGAAGACGGGGAAGCUCUAUGCCAUCAAAGCCCUGAAAAAGGGAGACAUAGUGACCCGCGAUGAAGUGGACAGUCUGAUGUGCGAGAAGAGGAUUUUCGAGACCAUCAACGCCUCGAGGCACCCCUUCCUGGUGAACCUGCACGGCUGCUUCCAGACAGCGGAGCAUGUUUGCUUUGUCAUGGAGUACUCCCCGGGAGGUGACCUGAUGAUACACAUCCACAACAACGUCUUCUCCGAGGCCCAGGCCAGGUUCUAUGCAGCCUGUGUUCUGCUUGGCCUGGAGUUUCUGCACCAGAAUAAAAUAGUUUAUCGGGAUUUGAAGCUGGACAACCUGCUGAUGGACGCAGAUGGCUAUGUGAGAAUUGCGGACUUUGGGCUCUGCAAAGAAGGGAUGGGCCACGGCGACCGCACCUCGACGUUCUGCGGCACCCCAGAAUUCUUGGCCCCCGAGGUCCUGACCGACAACAACUACACCCGCGCGGUGGACUGGUGGGGGAUGGGUGUCCUCAUCUACGAGAUGCUGGUGGGAGAGUCUCCCUUCCCUGGCGAUGAUGAGGAGGAGGUGUUCGACAGCAUAGUGAAUGACGAAGUACGAUACCCCAGAUUCCUCUCGCCAGAAUCCAUCUCUGUUAUCCAGAAGCUGUUAAGAAAGAACCCAGAGAGGAGGCUUGGAGCUGGGGAGGAGGAUGCUGGGGAGGUUAAAAAGCAGAAAUUCUAUCAGGGAAUUGACUGGGAAGCCCUACUGGCCAAAAAGGUGAAGCCCCCGUUCCUGCCAACGAUCAAAGAGAAGGUGGAUGUCAGUAACUUCGACGAGGAGUUCACGCGCCUGAAGCCCAUCCUGACACCCCCCCACACCCCCUGCUUCCUCACUGCGGAGCAGCAGCAGGUCUUCGCCGACUUUGACUUUUCGGCCCUAGACUAACCGGGACGAGACGCCCCGCCCCCGUCCCUACAAACUGGGUCAGGCGGGAGGGCUGCUGCAGUGGUGUGACACCCCCGGCUUCUUCCUAUUCUGCACUACAUGUCACACAACUGAGAACCAGCUGGAGUUUAAAAAAAAAAAAUUUGAAAAAUGAAAUAAAGAAUCAGGUGACGGGGCUGGGGUGACGGGGCGGGGGUGAAGAGUGUCCUUUGGUGGAAGGAAUCGGAGGAUCUGACGCUGUGGCUUUGACUCUUCCUGUUGUUAAUGACUCCUGCACCAUGGCUCCAGGGUCCCAUGCUUCCUCUCGCGGUGCGUUCACUGUCACUGUGAAUUCCCCCAUGAGCUGCCUUCCUGGAGCAAACUCGAUGGGGCUGCUGUUUUGUUAAAAACAAAGUCUUUGUUUAUUUUUGUUGUCCUUUUUUUUAAAAAAUGUGUUUAUCAUUUUCCCAUCGUUCUUUUUGUUUGUGGGUCCAGCGGCCAUCUCUCCAGGGAGGAGUGGUUGUGUGUGUGUAACCCGUUUUGUUCACCCUUCACCUUGUUAAAUGUUUUUUGAUUGG